CGAGAUGGAGCAUGACGUAGGUUGCGUUUUGACUUGCAUUUUCGGCCAAGUGAGCGAAAAAGAAAGGACAGGAGAAGUUUGCGUGCUUGUGAACGGAGAAGAAAAACCAAUCGCCGACAUUUUACACGGAUUUAUCGGCCCGAAAAAUGACAGAUUGAUCGGAAAGCCGAAAAUCUUUUUCAUCGUUGACCAAAAGGCGAUGGAAUGCGACUCACACAAUUCAUCAAAGAGCAAAUUAGAUGUGUCCUCAACGAACCACAGCGGCUGGCUUGUCAUGAUUUUGAAAGACAAAGAUUUGCUGGACCAAUUGAUCGGAAUCUUCAAAGGAGAUGAGCUGAAAAAAGGGAGAAGUUUGCAAGAACUUUUAGUGCCCCUUCUUACAACUGGCACUAAAAAAGAGCUAACUUUGCUUAACUCGACGCUUCAGUACUUACUUGAUUUUCCCGACUGGCCGAAGACAUUCGUGAAACCAGAUUUCAAGUUGAGAGGCAACAGGAAAAAGAUUGGCUUCGAGGAUCUGAUCAAAGAGGCGAAAAUGUUGCGAGAAAACCAGGUUUGGCUUUUGAGUUCGGUUGCCGGUGCUGGAAAAACGACCGUUCUCAAAGAAAUCGCUUUUCAACUCGGAAAAUCCAAUCAAAAUGCAAAAAUUUUGAAUAUCUCUUUGACAAAACACAACUUUUACAUAUUAAAAAAUCCCCGAAUAGAUGUAGUCGAAUUUCUAGCAAAAACCACAGGGAAUUCUUCUGAAGACAUAACAAAUUGGAUUGCUCAGAAAAGAGUCCUUGUCUUCCUGGACGGUUUCGACGAAGUUUGUCCGCACAGCAGGGAUGAAGUUCUCAAAUUAGUGAGGGCUUUGAAAGAAAGAAGAGUUCCACUUUGCGUAGCAACGAGACCACAUGAAGCGAAAGUGAUCGAGGAAGCAGUUGGCAACGCAAAACUUGUCGAAAUAGAGCCACUCGAUGAAACAAAGCAAGUCGAGUUUCUGCGGUCCGUGUCAAACAAGAACGAGGAAGAAAUCAAAAGAGUUCUUCACGCCGUCCAACAAAUAGGCCUUUCAAGCUCCAGAAAUAUACCUAAACGAUAUAGACAUGAAAAUCAGGAUACGAUUCUGGCUAACCCGCUGCACCUGUCGUUAGUUGCUCAGUGCAGCGGCGAAGGAAAUUUAUUCAAAAUUUACGACAAGGUGGUGAGGAAGAUGGUAAAACGGUGUUUGGUGAGAGAAGAUGGCAACGAAAAAGUGACAAAAGUGAAAAUUGAAAUCGCCCUGAAACGUCUGCGGCUGAUCGCGUAUCGAUUCUUAGAAAACGAGAAGCUGGUCGACGGCAAAGAUAUUAAGAGCGGAGACUUGGAACGCAUGAACGACUUUGGAGUCGCAACCGUGGAGCAAGAAAGGGUCACUUUCCUCCACCAGACAUUUGCAGAAUUCCUCGCCGCCCAACACUUUUUGAAAAACGUGGAAGAGUCAGGCAAUUUUGAUUUUGAAUUUAUUGGCCAAUGGAAUAUGGAAGAGGUCAGAAAGUUUGUCGAUCUUUUCUACUCGACUUUGGAAAAGGAGGAAGAGAUCGAGUUCCACACGGAAAUAAUUGUUUCCUAUUUAAAUUCAACCAAAUCGGCUCCAUUUCUGAUUAAUGUUUGCGAGGAAAACCUCAGGCAUAUUUUUAAAGUGCUGAAGCCACACAUUACUUUUUGUGACGAGCAAAUGGAAAAUUAUUCCUGUUCCUGGGAUUUUUAUAGAAAACUUGGUUGUAUAAAACACAGUCCUUCCAUUUGCGUGAAUUACGCUAUUAAAUUGCUGGUCGAUUCGAUAAAAAGCGAAGAAAUCGCCAUCGAGCUGUUGAAAAUGAACGCCAUCGAUUCACGAACCUUGGAAAAAAACAUUGAUGAUGUCCUCGUAGUAAUCGCCUGUUACAACGCAAUCUCCGUGUUCAACCAGCUAAAAGAGACUUUCCCCAACUUCGUCGAGCUGCUCAGAAAAUCAAAAUGCAACGCCUGUUGCGUAGCGGUAGCUAAUGGAAACGAUGAGAUUCUCGAAUUGUUCCUGGAAAACGGAUUCGGCAAAGAUACUUUAGAACAUUUUAUGUAUGGAAGCACCCUUAACAGUGCUUGCAUAUUGGGUAGACUCAAGUACGUUAAAAUUCUCCUCAAACACGGCGCCAAACAAGCCAUUUGUUAUUAUUACAAAAGCUUUUGGGAUCCUCUGAACGUAGCUGUAAAAUAUGGCCACCUGGACAUUGUCAAGCUUUUCGUGGAGGAAGAAAUUAGCGGAUUUGCCCGAGAUGCGGUGACGUUUGAGGCAGAUAUUUUUCAGACAGACGAGGAGAAUGCGGUCAAGCAAUACAAUCGAGAGUUCAGUGGCGAGGAAAGUGACAAAUUCAACGCUUUCCACUAUGCCGUCUAUUACAAUAAAAAGGAAAUUGCUGAGUACCUGCUCUCAAAGAGUCCAGAUUUGAAACACAUCAGGACAGGAGAGGGGAAGAGUCCUUUGCAGAUGGCUGUGGACCGUAGAUUCGGAGAAUUCGUGCUCUGGCUGGCGAGAGAAGUCGGCGACGACCUGAGUUCUUUCAUUCCAAGAGGCGAGACACAAAGUUGGACCGAACACGAUCACUUCUACUACGAUCACUUCCUGCUGCUGCGAGGCGACCUGACGAAAACGGACGAGCGAGGUAAAACCCUUCUCCACUGCGCUGCCCAGCACGGACAUUUGCAGCUCGUCCGCGAGUUCAUCGCGAAAGGCGCCGACGUGGCUGCCAAAGACGCCAGAGGAUGGAACGCUCUGCACUUCGCCUGCACCUUCACCGAUUUCAUUAACUGGCACGACAAUUCGGAAGUGGUCAAACUCCUGCACAAAACUAACCCUCGACUGGUGAAGGAAACGACAAAAAAAGGAGAAACUGCACUGCAUAUUUUGGUGAACAACAACUUCGAACGCCUAUCUCGCUACGAUUAUAGAAUAUCAGGCACAAAAUCUUUCCGUUUCCUUGUGUAUGAAGCAGGGGUGGACUUGGAAGCCAGGGACAGCAAAGGCCGCACGGCAGAGGACGUGGCCGAUGAUAAAGACCGUGAUUAUUGGGAACAUUUAAGUGAAGAAGAUGAAGAUAAUUCAGGCAGAAUUUAUGGGGUUUGGUAAGAGAAAAUUGGAUCCAGUAGCUCUGAAUGAGUUAAUCAAAGGAAAUAUCAUAUAUUAUCUCGGAAAAAUUAAUAAAUUCAUUUAUUUCAUACAAAGUUCGUUUUCAGGUUUUUUAUUCUGGCGUUUCCCUAUCCAUUAUUUCCAAUUAUAUUUUAUGUCAGUGAUUUGAUCAUCAUCAAAUGCGGCUUCUUAAUACUAAAAAAAUAAUAAAAUUUAGCAUAGCAGGCCAUAAAAAUGCAAAAUCCAUCUUUUGAUCAUAUUUUAAUGCGAGACUUUUCGAUUUCCGCAUUUCGGGCCUCUUGCCGGAAUUCUUUUAAAAGGCUCAAAACUAGUUCCGCGCCAAUGUGUUGUUUAAGCAGACGGAAAAGCCUGCCGUGGCGGCGGCUUCUGCGCUUUGAAGCGACACGCCCUGGCCGCCGCCUUUGCCACUACGUCGAUGACAAACUUUUUCCUUGACAGAUUAGACUCAUUUCGGAAAACAAAGAUUUCUCCGACUUCUUGUUUCUGUCAAUUUUAAAUGUAAAUGACUUACCAGGUUUUUCCGGUUUUGCACUCGCAGAGAUGUGCAACGUGAACGCCCGGCCGUUCUUUCAGUUAAAAUUCGGUCGUUUGUCGGAUGGCCUCCUGAUUGGACAGGUGUUGGAAUCGACCUUUUACCUGGGCCACCCUACCGACCUUUAUCAGGGUGCCCCGACCUGACAUCCUUUCCCAGGCCGCAUUUUAAUGCUUUUUCGUCAGCCUCACCUGUCACCAUCCUUCCUCAGGUCGCACCACCUGAGCACUGCUUUUUCGCGGGGUGCGGGAAAAAUACCGACCUCGAUUUGUCGAUUCGGCAGGGAAUUAGCGGGAAAGUAGCGCAAAAAGCUUUGGCCUUUUCAGCAAAUUUGUACCUUCGCCUUGAAACUUCCAUUCUUUUGGGCGAGGUCGCCAUUUUCUUAUUUUCAAACAGGUUUAAAUUCAAAAUUUUAUCCAGGCAAGUGAGGGCUCGUACAAAAACUCGUGCUCGGCUUUGAAGAGCGCGAAAAAUGUGCGUAAUUUUUAUUUUUAUUGAUACGAAUCAAAAUUAUUGGGCUUAUGUGAUUUUAAGUCUUCAUUAACGGAUUUUUAAAAGGCGGCGAAAAGUUGGGAAAGUGCGGGAAGAAUUUACUUUUUUUUAUCUUUUUCAUUUGUGGUUCGGUUUGGCGUUCGAAAUUGAGUGUCUAUUUCAGGGCUGAGCAAGGACAACUGGAUGGCGGGGCAGGUGGGGCGUGGUGCUGCCCGAGGCCACGCCCCCUUUCCCUCGCCAAUGCCUGCACCCGCGAAUCGACAGAAACCGCAGCCACUAAUUUGUCGUCGCAAUUGCAGCACAUUUUUCGACUUCUCUCUUCCACAACUUUAUUUUAAAUCUCCUUCGGCCUUCCUUGCUCAGGUCGAAUGCCCUGAGUUUCUUAUUUAGGCUUUUUGACAGAAUUUUCACGAUUUUGGCUCGUUGAACCACAUUGCAAAAUAAAAAAGACGAUUAUAAAUCUGUGGAGGCUCCAAGUACAUUUCGAUCAAAUUAAAUAGCCCCGUUGGAAGCCGAUUGUAAGUAAAAAACAGAAUAUUUAAAAAAGGUAAACACUCACCUGGAAUUAUGGCUCCGAAACGACGUCUCCGCGGCUGAAAACAAGAAAUAACCUUAUCAAAACACAAUACUUUUCAUCGCUUCACAGGCACCGCAUUCGCCAAAAGAUGUAAAAAUUAAAUUAAUUGUUGAAAUCGACUAUGGGACUAAUACUUGAAUGUAAUUAAAACUGAUAAGCUUCGUUUCAUGUAAUUUUACCGAAUAAUUGUACCAGAAUUUAUUUGAUAAGCCUUCCUGUCAUUGAUAUAUUAAUUUUAUAAAUAAAAAUAUA